AGGGUAAAAUUUUCCCCUCGACAAAACGUGUCUCCCAUUUCUCUCUCCCGCCAACAACUCCUAGUCUAUGUUCCCGCAAUCGCUUUGGCGGUGCAGCGUUUAUCGUUUAAACGCUGCAUUUAAAGGGUAAACGCUAAACGCCCGCCCAAAAUGUUUGACGCGAAAUUCUUUCCCGCGACAUUGCGACCUCCAGAAUUCAACCAGUCGCAACCCCAAACUUUGACGACCAAAAACACAUCCAACCCAGUGCACACUUUUGCAUCUACAACUUCCAACCUAACCUCUUACACCCUCCUUCCUCCUCACAAUCCACUUCCCGUCAAUUCCGCGAUCCCUAGAAUUCUGCGUGCCUAGGAGUAUCUCAUUAGGUUAGUUCGCGCGAGAAAUAUUAAGCAGCCCGUGCCACUCUUAACAACACGCGCUUGCAUAGGCUCCACCCACACUACUGUUGGCUUAAAGCCCGACCAGCAGGUUGCAACUCUCUUUUCUCAAGAUGCUGCAUCUUGAGAACCUGUAACCGAACCCACCCGCAGCAGUAGUUGACGAGACUCAAACACCUCAACUCUGUGCCUCGACAAACUUGGCAAGUUUGCGUCCCUGCCAGGUAUCGAGGUGAACAAGCACGAAGUGUGCUCAAAGGGUAAUUACUCGUUCAAAUUUUGACUUUCAGGCGGUUUAGCGAAAGUGUAUCAAUGUGUGUUUGAUUGCACAAGGGCGAAACUGAAGCCCAAUAGUUGAGACUCGUUUCCUUUCAACUUGCCCUAACAAAAAAAACGAUGUGGGCUGUUAGCGCAAAAACGCAGGCACGAAAACCCCCCUUGCAACAUGGCAAAGAGGCAGGUGUGAGUCCCCUGCCAAAUGACGGGGCUCAAACCUGACACCUCUGCCAGGUUGCAUAGUCCUUGGGAACUCCUGCGCAAGCACGAGGUAGACGAUUAUGAAUUUUCGCAAAAACAUUUCGUUUAUCUUUUUCCUCGUCAACCAAUCGUAAUCUGCCGCUCCACCUACUUCAACAGUACCAAUAUGCAACCUGCCGGACGGGCUUUAAGUGCAUGCUAGGCGAGCCGAGCCGAGCCAGGCAUGUUUGGUGCCCGGCUCGACUCGAGCCUAGCCAGGCUCGACGGGGAGCCGGCUCGGCUCGACCCCUGGACGAGCCGAGCCGAGCCAAGCUCGGCUCAUGCCAAUGUCUACGCCCAGUAGCAUGCGUUCGUGCAAAGCGAAACGCCAAACCGAGGUGCUACCGAAGCGCAUUUUCAAAUUGGAAUUCCAUCCAAUUCGUCCCCUCCCCCCUCACGCAACCAACUCCAAACCCAACCUGCAACACCAGAUACAAAUGCAAAGGGCAAAUCGAGAGGUAAAGUUUUCAGUUUUACCACCAGAAAUCACCACCUUAGCUUCGCCCAGCAUACUUGCCGGCAAUUUUGGCCCUCCGUUUCCAGUCCCUCGCCUGCGCACGUUCUAACAUCAGCUUACGUUGACUUUAGAUUGCAUUUUUCAGCCAUGCCGCUCACCCCGUCGGCGUUGUGGGUUCAUGUGAACCAAACCUGAGAUGACCAAGGCAAGGUCAUCCGGUCGGAGUGCAACUACUGCAACAUGAAUAUUUCUGGAAGCACCACUCGCAUCCAGGAGCACCUUUAUGGCACCCCGGCGUGCAAGUUCAAGUACAUUGCUGAGUGCAAGAGCGAGUAUGCUAUGAAUCUCCGUGCUAAGGGUCUCACCCCGAAUACCACUACCGUCAUGAUCCGCGGUACGACGUCCACGGAUCCUGCUCCGACCGCUAAGCGCAGCCGAAAUCGCGACAUCCAAGGGAUGGUCGACAAGGCCGGCCGCGACGCGUUGGAUCUCCUUUGGGCCAUGGCCGUCGUCGAAAACGAUUGGGCCUUCAGAGUUUCUCAGUCACCCGCCUUGCAAUCCUUUGUCGAGGGGGUUGUCGCUUACGGGAAGCCCUACACGCUGCCAAGUGUGUACAAAGUCUCCCACCCUCUCCUUGCCAAGCUGAAAACCGACACGGAGGCCCUCAUGCAACGAUCAAGGACUCUUGGGCCUCGAGCGGAUGCUCGAUCUCCGUGGACAGGUGGUCGGACAUGAAGAAUCGUGGGCUCGUUUGCAUCAUCGUUAUG